AGCCCACCACAACACUCGAGCCACCCAUCGCAAUUUCCACACCCACCGCGUCUCCUCCACUUCCCCCCUCACAAAUCGCAAACCCCAAUGUCGUCGUCGUCGUCGGCACCGUCGCGCCGCUCCGUCUUCGACGCCGCCUACAUCCGCUCGGAGUUCGCCGCGGCCGGCAUCUCCGCCCACUUCAUCCCUCUCAUCUGGAAGUACGUACUCCAGAACCCUAGGUGCGGCGACCUGGAUGGCGUCCCUUCUCUGCCGGCGGCCGCGUACGCGCUCCUGCGGCAGAAGUUCCGGCCGGCCACGUCGACGCUAACCGCCGCCGCGGACUCCAAGGACCGCACAACCACCAAGCUCCUCAUCCGCCUACAGAAUGGGGAGUCAAUAGAAGCAGUGGUCAUGCGAUACGACACACGACUGGGGAAGUAUGAUGGAAAGCCUCGCUCUGGAGGAGUGCGCUCAACUCUUUGUGUGUCAUCACAGGUAGGGUGCAAGAUGGGCUGCAGAUUUUGUGCUACUGGAACAAUGGGCUUCAAAAGCAAUCUGUCUUCUGGAGAAAUUGUGGAACAGUUGGUCCAUGCAUCCAGUUAUUCUCAGAUUCGAAAUGUUGUUUUCAUGGGAAUGGGGGAGCCGAUGAACAACUAUAAUGCUUUGGUUGAAGCAAUCCAAGUGUUUACAGGAUCUCCUUUUCAGCUUUCACCUAAGAGAAUUACUGUAUCUACUGUUGGGAUCAUUCAUGCGAUCAACAAAUUCAAUGUUGAUCUUCCAAAUGUAAAUUUAGCUGUGUCACUGCAUGCUCCUGACCAAGACAUACGUUGUCAGAUAAUGCCUGCUGCACGUGCCUUUCCUUUAGGAAAGCUAAUGAAUGCGCUACAGUCCUAUCAAAAUGAGAGCAAGCAGACCAUCUUUAUUGAGUACAUUAUGCUUGAUGGAGUCAACGAUCAGGAGCAGCAUGCCCAUCAGCUUGGUAAACUGCUUGAAACAUUUAAAGCGGUUGUAAAUCUGAUACCAUUCAAUCCAAUUGGGUCGUCAAGCAAUUUCAAGACAAGCAGUGACCAGAAUGUGAAGAAGUUCCAAAAGGUCCUAAGAGGCAUCUACAACAUCAGAACCACUGUUCGCCAGCAGAUGGGUCAAGACAUAGCUGGCGCUUGUGGCCAAUUGGUGGUUAGCCUCCCAGACGAAAGAUCAGCUGGUGGUGCCACCCUUCUGUCAGACAUCGAAGACCUUCGUAUCUGACCUCUUCAAUUUUUUAGUUGUUGCCUUUACCAUCUCGUCAAAUCAAUUCGUUACUAAUCAGCCUUACAUGAUAUUGUAACUAGUUCUAUAGUUUCAGUCAACAAGCUUUAAAAUAUGGGGAUGUUGAUUUUGGCCAUUGUGGUGUUUCCCUUCUGUUCUGGGGAACACAAUUUUGUUGUAAACGCAAUGGCGAAGAACCCAGCUUUUGUGGAUAGGUGGCAACUAAACGGUUGGUAACUUGGUAUUGUAAAUGGGUCGAUGUUAUUGCAACAUUGCAAGGUUCAGCUAAUGACAUCGAAUUGUCUGCCUA